GGAAGAGGACCCGGACCCGCCGUUAGAGAAUCUGUUGUGGACUGAACCUGCUGCAGCGUUCUGCUCCAGCUUUCUGCUCCAGCUUCUGUUCUUCUACCGCAGCGAGCUGAGCCUUGCUGCCGCCCUUCGUCCCUCCAGAGGCGGAUCGUUGUCGUCCUGGACCCGGUAGAGAUGUCGGUCGUUCCUCCGAGCCGCUCGGCCGCCGGCUGGCCCCGCGGAGGAGCCGUCCAGUUCGGGAACAAAUACAUCAGCGGGCCCGCUAAACCCCUGACGCUGGAGAGGACCAUCAACCUAUAUCCUCUGACCAACUACACGUUCGGCACCAAGGAGCCUCUGUACGAGAAGGACAGCUCGGUGGCGGCUCGCUUCCUGCGGAUGCGUGAGGAGUUUGAGAAGAUGGGCAUGAGGCGGACGGUGGAGGGCGUCCUCAUCGUCCACGAGCACCGCCUGCCCCACGUCCUGCUGCUGCAGCUCGGCACCACCUUCUUCAAGCUGCCUGGAGGAGAGCUGAGUCCUGGAGAAGACGAGGUGGAAGGACUCAAACGUCUCAUGACCGAGAUUCUGGGGCGUCAGGACGGCGUGAAGCAGGACUGGGUGAUUGACGACUGUAUCGGGAACUGGUGGCGUCCAAACUUUGAACCUCCGCAGUAUCCGUAUAUUCCAGCUCACAUCACCAAACCCAAGGAGCACAAGAAGCUGUUUCUGGUUCAGCUGCAGGAGAAAGCUCUGUUUGCGGUCCCGAAGAACUACAAGCUGGUGGCGGCGCCGCUCUUUGAGCUGUACGACAACGCUCCGGGCUACGGACCAAUCAUCUCCAGCCUACCGCAGCUACUCAGCAGGAAGGAACUGUUCAGUGUUGAAGUUACAUAGCCGUCCGAUGCAGCAGUCACAUGUUCAGGUUCAACUUUAUUUACAACUGAGAGAGUGAACCGACGUCUGGCUGUCUCUGUGAGUUCAGGCCGGAGGCUGAAGAGGAGAAAAUAUUUCACAAAGCAAGCAGGAAGUUGUUUCUACUGUGAGAAGAAGAAAUGAAAUGUCACGUGUCUGUUUUUGAUUUGUUUUUUUAAUCUGGGGGAUAAAAAAGUUAGAUUUUUUGUAGUAGCAGUUGUUUCUGUAUUCCAGUGUGGUGAGAAUCUGAUUUUAUGUUUCCCAGGAAGCCGAUGUUGAUUAAACAAAGUGCAUCAUUGAGUUUCUGCUGUUUCAACCUGUAACGAUGUCUGAUUUCUUUUUAAUAAAACGCUCCUUUCACGAUGUUUUUAUAAAGGUCGAAGAGCGUCGA